AUGGGCAGCUUCCACGUGGGGGCACUACGGUGCUCACGUAGGAGGACCGCUGCGGCUUUCCCCCAGCAGCAGCAGCGAAGCAGUGCUGCAGCGCCAGCUGCUGCUCAGCAGCAGCAAACUGUGCUGCAGGCGCAGCGCCGGCUGCUGCUGCUGAGCAGAAGUAAAUCGCGAGGCAUGAGCAGCAAGGAGGGGUUGAGCAGCUGCCUGCAUGCUGCUGCUGCUGCUGCUGCCGCUGCUGCUGCUGUGGCUGCUGCAGCUGCUGCAGCUGCUCCGGCAGCUGCUAAUGCUGCUCAGCUGGCGGCUGCUGUAGCUGCACUGCAGCUGCCUGCUGCUGCUGCUGUCGCUGCUGCUGCUGCUGCUGCUACUGUACACUAUUCGUGGCGAGCUGUACAUUGCACCGUACGCGGCUUGCUGCAGCUCUCUCCACAUAGCUGCAGCUUGGUGAAGCUAUGUGAAGUUAGCUGCAGCUAG